AUGGAUGGUCUAUAUAAAUCUGUUCUUAAAGAACAAUAUUAACCAAUCCCUGUAAGCUAUUCCUAAGAAUUAGUGUAACUAAUCAAAAGUAUGAUACAAGUUCAACCUUCAAAUCGUCCUGAUUGUGGUACUCAUGAAGUGAUAAUAUAGAAAAAUUGCUAUAAUUCUCUUUCAUUUAGAAGAAAGCCAAACUAUAUGGCAUUCCUUAGAUAAAUGAUGAAAUCGAGGAUGAUUUGUUAAAGACCAUCAAAUGGCCUAUUUCCAGAAAAGGCUUAUAAAAAAAAUAAAUCGGAACUCAUAAAUCUAAAUUGUAAUUGCCUGGGAGCAAUUAUUUGAAUUAACACAAUUCCAAUCAUAUUAAAAAAAAAGAUUGAUCUAAUAGAAUAA